AUGGCAUCCACCACUAUCCUCGUCGCUCUACUCCUUUGCAGCUGGUUCCUCACCGCCCUCCUCAUCCUUGUCCUCAGCCUCACACUCUUCUUCUUCAAGGAGACUUACACUGUCAGAUUCCACAUUGAACACACCCCCACUCCCAUCACCGCCCCCAUCACCAAACAAGCUCUCAACUGGGUCAAUAACAGAACACAAGUAACAUCCCCUAUUGAACUAACCCCCACUCUGUUUACUGAUCUACUCAGUGGUGAACCAAAUCACCCCACUCAACACUGCAACCCUUGCCAUCGUCAACAAGCACCCCCACAUUCUCCUCCUUGCCCUUCUGGGCUCAUUCCUCAUCACCCUCCUUGUUACAGUGUGAGGGAGGGGGUUCCUUUUUUCUCCUAA